UUGGAUGCCAAGCUGUGUAAUUUAACUCAAGCUUAUGGAAGGUGACAGGAAAGAGUUAAUAUCCUGAGGCGCUGAGGAGUGUUCAGGUGUGACUGUUCUUUCAUAUCUGGACUGCGUGCAGCUACAGUGCAAACACCUUAGAAGGCAGCAGCUGUCGGAGUUGGAGAAGCAGCUCUGUUCAGGAGAUAUUAUAAAAUGGCUGACUCUGAAUCCAGCUGUCCCAAAGAACUGCCACGGGAACUGAUACUUGAAGACUCCAUCCAUGCGGCAAAUGGAUCACAGAUCUGCAAGGCAGAGUGUGAGAGCGUAGGAUUGAAAAAUGAAGCAGACCCUCUGUCAUCGGAUCCAGAAAGAGGGCAUGCUCCCAGCAAUGGAGUAGGCCUGGGAGAGAAUGUGACUGAAAAUGGACCCAAAGAGGAGCCACCAGGCAAGAUUGGGGAAGGGGAUGCGGUAGAGGGAGAAGAGGUCCUCUGUGACUUCUGCUUGGCUGAGAAGGUGCUGGCGGUGAAGUCCUGCUUGACCUGCAUGGUGAACUAUUGCCAGGAUCACUUGAAGCCUCACUUGGAGAACGCCAAACUCCAGACCCAUAAGCUUAUGGAUCCAAUGAAGGACAUUGACAUGCAGAGCUGCGAAGUCCACAAGAGGCACCUCGGUUGGUUCUGCCAUACUGACCUUGCGUGUGUCUGUGAGGAGUGCCUUGCAGAUGGACACCAGGGACAUAAGGCUGUCACCUGUGGGGUGGCCAGGAAAGAAAAGGAGUACGAACUUAUUCAGCUCCAAGCAGGCUAUGACUGGAAACUGAAGUCAGCAGAAAAUGCAAUUGAAAAGCUGCAGAGAAAUUCAGAGUCUAUAGUGAGUUCUGUAUCUGAAGUGAAAACCUUGGUGGAAGAGAAGUUUGAGGAGCUGCUCCAAGCAGUGAAGAAGACUCAGUCUGUUGUGCUAGCUUUCCUAGAGGAGAAGGAGCGUGGUGCCGUUAAUCAUGCUAAUGGGAUAAAGAUCCACCUUGAGAACAAGCGGGUGGUGAUGGAGGAAUGCAAGAGCAGGCUGGAGAAGAUGGCCACACACACAAAUGACAUCAUCUUUCUAAAGGAAUACUGUGAAUUCAAGAAGAGCGAAGGAGACGACACGUUGCCCAGUGUCUACAUUGGCCUAAAAGACAAAUUGUCAGGGAUCCGAAGGGUGGUCACAGAGUCCACGGAACAUAUUUUACAACUUUUACAAACUUCCUAUAAGGACAAGUUGCAGGAGUUUGCUAAAGAUGAGGACGCUGGCAUCAAAACAAUGGUGUCCGCCAUGAUCCCAUUCAAGCACCGCAUAACUGCCCCAGAACCUAAAAGCAGGAGUGACUUCUUGAAAUAUAUUUGCCCAUUGACGUUUGACCCGGUUACUGCUCAUCGCUAUUUGAGGCUCUUGGAAGACAACCACAAAGUCACCAACACCACGCCGUGGGAGCACCCGUACCCGGAUCACCCAGAGAGAUUUCAGCACUGGCGCCAGGUGCUGUCGGGCAAAAGCUUAUACAUCAGCCGCUACUACUUUGAGGUCGAGAUAUUUGGGGCUGGCGUUUACAUUGGCAUGACGAACAAGAGCAUUGAUCGGAAGGGUUCCGAAAGCAACAGCUGCAUCUCAGGGAAUGACUUCUCCUGGUGUGUUAAGUGGAAUGGGAAGGAAUUCUCUGCUUGGCAUAGUGAUGUGGAGACACCAUUGAAAGUCCAGGGAUUCAGCAGGAUAGGAGUUUACCUGGAUUACCCCAGGGGCACCCUUUCCUUUUACGGCAUUGCUUCGGAUGUCAUGACUCUUUUGCAUAAGUUUGAGUGCAAGUUUACUGAACCUCUCUACCCAGCCUUCUGGCUAUCCAAGAAGGAGAACAGUGUGCAGAUUGUCAAGUUGUGGGAUGAGGCUGAGGCCACCCUGGCACCUCUUCCUGCUCACUUGGGAGAAGCAGCUUCUUCCAGUACGGUCUUGGCACCUGAGAGCGAAGCAGAGGCAAGUACAAAGACAUCAGAGUCGGGACACAGCCAUUGAUUAAGUGAUGUGAUCAUGGGCACUCCUUCUUACUACAAGUGUGCCACUGAAUUAAUUAAAAGGUAAAGGCAGACACGAUGGCCUCUAAGGGGGGUGGAAUCAAAUAUCCGUAUUAGGGCAAUACUUUUAUCUGGCCAACAAACACGUCACAAAAUCGGGUGAGCUGAAUUGUUUUGUUGCAUGUUUACCUUUUUGGUUGCCUACCACUCCACUAAAUAUCUUCUCCAAAUUGAGAAACAGCUGGGGGAAAGGGAAUCUCCAAGGUCACGCUGUUUACUUUGUAGGGAACUGAUGCACCUUUCAAGACUGGCAUUGGCUGCCUCAGUGUUCGCCUGCUCCCUGAUGCUCAACUGAUACAUCUGUAAAGAAGCAUUUUUUAACAACAUCAACACCAGCGCUGCAAGUCUCCAGUUCUCUUGUCAUGUGGCCUGGAUGAGCAGUACCACAGCAUUAGAGCUGUUCAGUUUCUGAAAACAACUGUUCUUUCUUAGCAAAGGAAAUUGUGGGCAUUUCUCAUUUACUGCAUUAUCUUGGCAGGUUGA